AUGUCGGAUGAAAUUGCAGAGAACGGAACAACAAAUGGAGAUGUCCCGGAGAUCGAACUGAUUAUAAAGGCCUCGACCAUCGAUGGUAGGCGGAAGGGCGCGUGUCUAUUCUGUCAGGAGUACUUCAUGGACCUUUACCUUCUGGCAGAGCUUAAGACGAUCAGUUUAAAAGUGACAACGGUUGACAUGCAAAAACCACCACCAGACUUCCGCACCAACUUUGAAGCAACGCAUCCACCGAUCCUCAUCGACAAUGGUCUCGCCAUACUCGAGAAUGAGAAGAUUGAGCGGCAUAUUAUGAAAUCAGUGCCCGGUGGACACAAUUUGUUUGUGCAGGACAAAGAAGUGGCCUCACUGAUAGAGAACUUGUACUCCAAGCUGAAGCUAGUGUUGGUGCGUAAGGACGAGCAGAAGUCGGCCUCGUUGCGUGCGCAUCUACAACGUAUAGACGCGUUGCUCGAGCGUCGAGGCACCAGGUUCCUGACAGGGGAUACAAUGUGCUGCUUCGACUGCGAGUUGAUGCCGCGCCUGCAGCACAUCCGCGUCGCCGGGAAAUACUUCGUGGACUUUGAAAUACCGACGAGUUACCGCGCGCUCUGGCGCUACAUGCACCACAUGUACCAGCUGGACGCGUUCGCGCAGAGCUGCCCCGCCGACCAGGACAUCAUCAACCACUACAAGCUGCAGCAGUUAUCGACAAAAGGUUUGCUCAUGUCGCCGACGCUGACGCGACCGCGCAAAGAGGAACCCACGGCACUGAAGAUGAAGAAACACGAAGAACUCGAGACGCCAACGUUCACGACAUCUAUCCCCGUGGACGUGGACGACCUCAGCAACUCCAAACAG